UUUGUGGUGGUAUUAUGGUAACCUCAAAGAAAAAUGUAAAUAUUGAAGUGUUUGGUCUAGUGAUUGUUAUAAAAUUUCUCUAGAACAAACAACUACCUAUAUAAUUUAUUUAAGAACUUGAUAUGCACAAUGGAAAGAGACAAAAGUACAAGCCUCGAGUCAGAUGUUUACUUUUUAAUUCAAAAGUUCCUGUCUUCUGGUCUGCUGAAGAGGACGUUGAUGGUAUUCAAUGAGGAACUUGAGGAAAAUAAUAUAUUGCCAAGAAGAAUUGACUGGGAAGGAAAUGAACAUGAGCGCACUGUGGAAGACAUGGUUAACCAAUUCCCAAACAUUCGUCCAGAUUAUUUAUUACAUUUGUGUUCUCUGGCAUCAAAGUCAUUUGAUAAUAGUUUUGCCAGCACAAGCAGAUCCUUUCUGAGCUUCAGACCAAAUUUGUGUGAUGAAAAUGGAAUUUUAACAAAUUUCAAACAAUAUUUCAACCAUGCUACAAGAAGGCAUUCAGCUCCUGUGCAAAAUUUGAAUGUUUCUCUGAAUAUUGUAAAUUCUAUAAGGGGAAGAGAAGUGUCUGGACCACUUUCCAGACAUAGAACAAUAACACCAAAGUUAUACAGUGCUCUACAGAUCCAGAGAAUCACAAUUGGACAUCUCUCAGCAGUAUACUGUUUAUUAUUUGAUCAUUCAGGAAAAUACAUAAUGACUGGAGCCGACGACUUGCUGAUCAAACUAUGGUCGGCCUGCACCGGCCGGCUCAUAGCCGUCUUCCGAGGCGCCUCCUCGGAGAUCACCGACAUCGCCGUCAAUUCGGAGAACACCCUGUUGGCCGCCGGCUCCAUCGACAGGAUCCUGCGCGUGUGGAGCGUGCAGACUGGGGCUCCGGUGGCAGUGCUGACAGGCCACAGCGGCAUGAUCACCUCGGUGAAUUUCUGCCCUACGGCUUGCUGGGGCGUGAGGUACUUGAUAAGUACGAGUACGGAUGGAUCUAUAGCCUUCUGGAUGUAUACUUAUGAGUCUGGGAUCAAGGCGGAAUUCAGGAGGAACCCCAUCAUGUACCAGGAGAAAAUCCGGCCGGGCCAAUCCCAAAUGAUAUGCUCGUCCUUCAGCCCUGGAGGCACUUUCCUAGCUACAGGCUCCGCCGAUCAUCACGUGCGCGUCUACUACAUGAAGGGCGACGAAGGGCCGCAUCGGAUCCUGGAGAUGGAGGCGCACAGCGACAGGGUGGACUCGAUACAAUGGGCGCAUGCGGGGUUGAGGUUUUUGUCCGGGAGCAAGGAUGGCAUGGCUAUUAUUUGGUGGUUCGAGCGGCAACAGUGGAAGAGCAUCCAUUUGCAGAUGUCGACUAGGUUACCGAGUGCCCAAAAUGCGGCGGAAACCGACACCAAAAGGCUGAAAGUGACGAUGGUGUGCUGGAACAAGACCGACAACUAUGUGGUGACGGCCGUCAGCGAUUGCACCCUCAAAACGUGGAACUCCUCGGGCGGCCAACUCGAUAAAGUCCUCACGGGCCACACGGACGAGAUCUACGUGCUAGAAGCGCACCCGCACGACGAUGACGUCAUCUUGUCCGCAGGUCACGACGGCCAGCUCAUCGUCUGGAACAUUCUCAAGGGCGAAAUAGUCUUCAAAUUCCUGAAUACGAUCGAGGGACAGGGUUUCGGAGCGCUGUUCGAUGUCAAGUGGAGCCCUGACGGUUCCGUCAUAGCCGGGUGCGAUUCGCAUGGGCACAUUCUCUUGUUCGGGUUCGGAAAUGGUAGUCCGUACUUUCAGAAGCUCCCGCAAGAGCUCUUCUUCCACACCGACUACCGGCCUUUGGUGCGCGAUUCGGGCCACUACGUGCUCGACGAGCAGACGCAGGUGCCGCCCCACUUGAUGCCGCCGCCCUUUCUCGUCGACAUCGACGGCAAUCCGUAUCCGCCCAUGUUGCAGCGGCUGGUGCCGGGCAGAGAGAGCUGCGACGCGGAACAACUGGUGCCGAACAUCGUGAUCGGCAACGAAGGCACACAAGAAGUGAUUCAAGACAUUCCUCAAAACCAUGUAGCUGAUCUUGAGAAUAUCGACGUUGACGACAUCAGUAUUCCUAGUUCAUUUAGGCAAGGAAGGAGAUAUUCGAACAGGGACCACGAGCGUAUCCGUCAAAGCACCGGCGAUUGGCAGAGCGAUCCGACGUUUGAAUGGAAGAGGAAUGUGCUGGUGCAACCGCUGAGGAAAUCGGUCUUGGAGCGAGCCAAAGAAAUCAGGGAGUGCCUGAAAAACGUAGAAAUAGAAGAGUACCAGAAACAGUUGAGGCAGAGGCCUCACAUGAUCAGCAUCAACGCACCGAAUAAUCUGAGAAAGAAAGAAGAUAAAAAGAAAAAGAAAGCGAUGUAUGUGACGAGAGCAGUCAGAAAUCAGUAUGAAUAUAAGGAAGACGAACCGGAGUCUUCCGGCAACUACUCGGAAUCUUCCGAAUCCUCAGAUUGGGUAGCCGAAGAAGAAGAAGAACGAACGAGAAAAGAGCGCCCCAAAAGGUCGAACCGACGAAAAGUAAAAAUCCAAGAAGAAUCAGACCAAGAAGAAGAAGACGACGACGACGAUGAUGAAGAAGAUUCAGAUGAUUUCGAUCACGAUCAGCCGAGCACCAGCAAAAACCACGUCAACCGCAGAAAAGAACCUAACCCCAACAAGACCAAAGAGAAUAACUCGAUAAAACACAACAAAGACAAAGAGAACCACGUAAAUAAGAGCAGAGAGGGAAGAAGUAAUCAUGUAAGCAAAAGUUCCGAGAAGCAAAACAAAAUCAAAGAAAGUCUCUUAGGCAAGGCUAAUCUCGUCAUAAGACUGUCGAAAACCACUGCCGAUAAUGCUUACACUGCCGCACAGUCGACGAGUAACAAUACGAAUCCUAAGCCGAAAUUGAAGUUGACGGAUCAGUACAGGUUGAGCGAAUGGUUGUCUGAGACUAGGCCGAGAAAGUCACCCUAUUACCCUCAGCUAGGGGAUGAAAUCGUCUAUUUCAUGCAAGGCCAUCAACUCUAUUUGAAUGCCGUGGAAAUGAAGAAAAUCUACGAAAUCAGCACGAAGGAUUUGCCUUGGAAUAAAAUGCAGAUCAGGGAUCACGAGUUCGUCAAAGUAAUAGGCAUCCAGUACGAAAUUAAGCCACCGAGACUGUGUUUUUUAAAAUUGGGUAUACUGGAUGAUGAAGGCAGACUGACAGGCAAAGGUUUCAUUGUGAAAUAUCACGAUAUGCCGGAUGUUCUAGAUUUUUUCGUCCUCAAGCAAAUGUAUAUCACUGCCAUGUCAAGAAAUUGGCAAACCAAUGAUAAUUUUAGAUGUAUGAUUGACGAUGAAUGGUGGAUCGGGCAAAUCAUGAACAAAUCACCGGCCAGCGAGAAUUUCCCGGAUUCCUCAUUUUUGUGUUACGAAAUAAAAUGGACUAAUGGUGAAUUGGAACGGAUGAGUCCGUGGGACAUGGAAACGAUCGAUCCUGAGAGAAUACCCGAAGACGUGAGCCUGUCCAUGCCGGUGACGCAAGACGAGCUGGCCUCGAUCCUUUACAAAACCGCCGAAUGCGACUGGCCCAGCGACGAUCUCAACUCCAUCACCCAGAACGUCGUUUCCGGUUUGACCAAAGUGAUGGAACUGGCGAUAGCCGAACCGUUUUUGGUUCCGGUCGACAUCAACGUGUAUCCCGAGUACGCCAUGUUUAUUGAGUAUCCGAUCGAUUUAUCGACAAUCAAAUCCAGGUUCGAGAACCGUUUUUACCGAAGACUGAUUGCCGCCCAAUUCGAUAUCCGAUAUCUGGCUCUGAAUGCAGAGAAAUUCAACGAGAAACAUAGUGCCAUUGUCAAGCAAUCAAGAAUCAUCACUGAUUUGUGUCUAAGAUUAGUGAAAAACUGUACCGAUAGCGUGGAUGUACCAACUUUGUACCAUAGAAUAGUUGAUGCGUACGAUUCGGGAGCCAGCGAAGAGGAUAUCGACGUGCCGCCAUCUACCAGUAAAAAUUUACGUGUUUCCGUGAAAAACAAGAGGAUCAACAGACCGAUCUACGACUGGAAAGGGGAAUCGCUGAAGCUCGUGGAAGCUUUGUGGGACAAUCCGGAUUCGGAACCAUUCAGAGAACCGGUCAAUCCAGUUUUAUAUCAUGAUUAUCAUCGAAUAGUACAAAACCCGAUGGACCUCGGCACAGUGAGAGAAAAAGUGAAAAAUAACGAAUACGAACUACCGCAACAGUUCUGUAUCGAUAUGAGACUGAUUUUCCAAAAUUCUUGGCAAUACACUCCAGAUAAAAAAACUAGGAUAUACGAGAUGACCGUCCGACUGUCCAACUUAUUCGAAGACCGCAUGACCGAAAUAAUGUCCAACUGGAAAUCCUCCAGGCGGCGAAAAAACGGCAGAAAAACGAACGGCACCGAUUCGGACAUCUCCAUCUCCCAAUCCACAUCAUCUUCAUCACCAUCCUCAAACGAAGAAGAAGAAGUCCUCUCCAAAUUGGUGUCUACGCAAGCGCCUAUCAGCGACGACGACGACACCCCGCUAAACAUCCUGUAUAGCAGGACCAACACGGAAUCGGACAACACCAGCCAAAGCACACUAGAUAAAGCCCUAGCGGCGAAAACAAACGAGGACUCGGAAGAGGAAUACCGCCCGCGGGCGGGCAGAAGCAGACACGUGACCACGUCUGAGGAUGAUCUCGACGUUUCGGCCAGCUCCAGCGAGGAGGAGACUGGAGAUAGGAGGAACAAUUUGAGGAGGAGGCCUGUGAGGAAGAAAGUCCAACAGCGGGAUAGUUCGGAGAGCGACAGGGAUUCAAGUAGGGUGAAUAAGAGGGUGAAGAAGAACUCGGACAGUGAGGGUAGUGGGGGUAGGACUACUUUGGGGGUGAAUCAUGACGGUGGGUUUCUUACGAACGUGAGUAGUAGGGGGAGGGUGAGAAAGUUGACGGAGAGGGCCAAGGCUUUGUUCAAUAGGAGGUGAGUUGUCAUAUUGAUUGUUCUUGGAAUUGUUUUUCUUUCUUGGUUCUUAGAGUAAAGUUCUUGUGAUGAUUUUUAAUUUAAUUUUAGGUUUAUAUUUAGUUGACAAUAUCGUAUACUAGACCAUAUUUUUUAAAUAAAAAUGUUUUCAA